AUGACUCUCCCCGGUUCACUCAUUCCUGAAUCAAACAAACGCCAAAGAAGGGUGAAUGAACCUCCCAGACCGGCACCUGGUAGUGUUGCCGAACGACUGGCUCAGCUUCAACAACGCGAAGCAGAGGCUUCACAAAGUAGGAUCGCACGGCUGGAUGAUACACCCAUUCAGAUCACUCCUCCAGAUCCACACCACUACAACAAUGAUGAUGGUUCCGAUAACGAGCAGCCACAAGUUCUGUAUGACCACUUUCAGACAAAUGCCGAGAACGAAGAUAUCGCCCCGCUUAACGAUGACGACAAUCCUGCUACUAUAGCCAACAAAUGGAUUAUCGAAGUGGUUGGAAUAACCAAGGGAACCAUCACAGAGCAAUUGAUCAUGAGCAAAGAAAGUCUACAAUCUCUCUAUUCACGUUUGAUUCAAAAGUACUCACGACUGUGGAUAUUCUGGAGUGGAGGCAUGCAGGGCCUAAUCAAUCGGACCAAAUCGUAUAGCGCCCUGGAACCCAUAGACGAGACAUCAAUUUUAGCUCGGUGGGAGGUGUUGGUGUCAAAGAGUAGAAUUGCUUGGAAGACUUACUCUCAGGCUCAGAUAUUUGAAGCGGAACCUCUGGAUGAAGGUGAAGAGCUUGAGCAUAGGAUGAUUGAGUUGCAAGUGAAUGAUGAUGAUGAUGAUGUGGCGGGUGAGGAGGAGGUCGAUAACGAUGGAGAGCCUGACGAGGAUGAGAACGAUGAGCUGGAUGCGGAUUGA